AUGGCUCAAACCUUGCCAGGACUUUCAGCACCUGCUCCUGGUCGACUCACGGUACCUGUUGUUCCUAUAAGACCACCAACACCCCCGGUACAGGGACACCAUGCACAUGUUGUCACAUUACAUGCAACUUCGCAACCUCGUGACGAGCCACAACAGAGAGAAGGAGUCGUUGCACAAGGUCAUGGCAAUCCUCCGAUUGUCAACCAUCAACAGGUGUCCGUCUUUGAGCCACUCCCGGCGAGUCCCUCCAGCCGGCGAUCAGAACCACCGCGAGCAGGCCUCAAUCCCGACGACGUGAAGUUCCUCCGGCAAGUUCUUCUUCUCUUCCGCGACGAGACGCUGUCCUUCCCUGCGAGUUCCUCCAUUCGCGACCAACCGGCAGCCCUGCAACUCUGA